AUGGUUUCUAACUCUCCACCAACAGAGGAAGAAUUCAAGGAAUGGCUGAUAGAAAUGGAACGUAAUGGAAGGCACAUUCCUUGCCUGCAAGAAGUUGAUGAGAAGAAGGAAGAAAUUCAAAAGACGAACACUUUUGUAUAUUCACCGAGAACUGUGAAGAAGAUGAUAGAGGUAAAUAAAUCAUCUUCUUCAAGGCCAAUCAAUGUUGCAGUCGAAAAGAUCCGUUUGAAGGCUUCCAUCGAAACUGCAGAGAGUGCUGGGAAAGAGAGUGAGGCGGAUAGGUUGCGUGCGAAGCUGAAGGAGUUGGAGGAUUUGUCUAGACAGAUUAAGCCAGCUGAUGCAAGGUCUUUCAGAUUAUUGGAAAUGAACCGCAAAAAUAGAGCAGAGAAUUAUAAAAAAGCAUCAGAAAUGAAGCCAGUUGAUACAAACUUAAAGUUUGGUGAAGAAGGUUAUGAUCCUUCCGCCAGAAAGUGGACUAAGCCUCUUCUUCAAUGUGUGAUUUAUAGUAAUGAAGAAACCAAAAAUGUUGAUCAUGAUACAAACAAGCAUGAAGAAGCUUGCAAGGAAUCUCUUGUGGAAGCCAUGGAGGAGGCUAAAGAUGAAGGGAAACUUAUUGACACUAGACCUCCGGUUGAUCAUGGUGAAGAACUAAUGGCAUUGCAUAACUUUGACUUGCCAAUUUCGUUGGCUGCUCUGAACAAAUAUCGAGGAGCAGAGGGUGUUCAACGAGGCUUCAUGGAGAGGAAGCGAAAGAUAGAAGCAACCAUUGGGCAUGCCUGA